ACAAUAUCGUAACUAUUGAGCCAUACUAACAUAGACAGGAUCACGUGAAAACUCAUCAAUAAUAAAUAGUCAAACCUUAACGACUGGUAUAUAGGUUACAGAAAUGAAUAUAAUAUAGAAGCAGUAACUCGUUAUGGAAGAACCCACCGAUUUGACAAACAUUUAGUUAUAAAACUGUUUGCAAGUCUUAAGAUGAUCAGUCUCUACCGCUUUGGACACGUUCUAGCUCUGUUACAGACAUGCUACUCACAGUGCUUCGAACCAUUUGACCCAAAAACCUUGAUCGUUAGCAAUUAUGAAAAUUCAUCUUUUCCAGGUUUUAACCUUUUGAGAAAUACUGACAAUGCAAUGUGCAUGAUGAUUUGUUUCAAGUUUAAGUUGUGUGGCUCAGUGGAUUGGAUACCAGAAGAAAAGAUAUGCCGGCUUAACACAAGAUUUGUUACCAAGUAUAACAGCAGUCUAAUGACUACGGGCCAAACCUUUCAUGUAGAACGAGAACAUUUUCCAGUGCACUUGGCGGGCAAUUGCUUAAACAACAUCUGUACUGAUGAUGCCAUUUGUAUUAGCGGUAAAUGUGUACCUGUUUUAAAAGAGAACAUAUAUAAAGACUGUUCUGAUAUAAUGAAAAGAGACCCAAGCAAAGAAGGGCAAGAUGGAGUGUACGUUAUUUACGCUGACACCCGGAGAGAGGUCUUCUGUGACAUGACGACAGAUGGAGGAGGGUGGACGGUAAUUCAAAAAAGACUAGAUGGUGACGUCGAUUUUUACAGGACAUGGAUAGAGUAUAAACACGGAUUUGGAAAUGCCACUAAAAAUUAUUGGAUAGGGAAUGAUGCAAUCCACACCUUAACGAAGGAUAAAAAGCAAGAACUUCGAGUUGAUGUUGAGCGAUAUAACGGGCAACAUGCCUAUGCUGUGUACACCACAUUUUACAUCGGAGAUGAAGACAAUAAAUACACAGUGACAGUAUCUGGAUAUAACGGGACAGCGGGUGACGGUUUUGUUCAUAAUGGUAUGAAAUUUAGUACACAUGACCAGGACAACGACUUGGAAAGUCGUAAUUGUGCUCAAAUGUUUAAAGGCGCCUGGUGGUACAAAGACUGUUUCCGCUCAAACCUUAACGGAAGGUACGCCAAGUCUGCAGUGAUUGGCGGUCAAUAUAUGGUAUGGAAGAUACUGGCGGAUGAUGAAGCUUUACGAAAGAGUGUGAUUAUGGUUAGGCAAAGAAACUGACUUAAAUUAUGAUCAGCCAUUACAUUAUGCUGCAAUGGAAGUGUACAGAAGCUCUACAUAAACUAGGACUGUGAUUAUAUAGACAAAAUAGAGUUUAGUAAAAUUAUUAGCAAUUAAGUCUAUUAUUUGUAAGAAUUUUGAA